UUUCAAAACAACACGAGAUUUGCAUAGUGACGACAAUGAAUAAUAUCAUUAUCAAAUCAAGGUCGAAUAUAUUCGUCGUAUUUUAAUCAGUUGGCUUGGCCCCCAACCCGCCUCCAGCCGUGUAGUGACUCUAUCUUCUUGUCAGCUUAUCUAGUCGCAGCCAUGGCCUCAGCAAUGCUGAAGUUGAUGAAAUCAGAGUCAGCGGUACUGCUGCGCAGAAGUUAUAGCAGCGCUGCACCCACCACAAAGCUGUACAUCGAUGGACAGUUUGUAGACUCUAAAACAAGCAACUGGAUCGAACUCACAAACCCAGCAACAAACGAAGUUAUUGGAAGAGUGCCAGAAGCAACCAAAGAGGAGUUGAACGCCGCUCUAGAGUCAGCCAAGAAAGCUUACAAGUCAUGGAGUCAGAGCACCAUCAUGACCCGCCAGCAGGUCAUGUUCAAAUUCGCACGUUUGCUGAGAGACAACCAAGGCGUGUUGGCGGCCAAGAUCACCGAAGAACAGGGCAAAACCAUCGCUGAUGCCGAGGGCGAUGUGCUUAGAGGAAUCCAAUCGGUGGAACACUGUUGCAGUAUUACAUCACUUCAGCUGGGCGAUAGCAUCCAGAACAUCGCUAAGGACAUGGACACACACAGCUACAAAGUUCCCUUGGGAGUUGUUGGAGGUGUGGCUGCCUUCAACUUCCCCGUGAUGAUUCCACUCUGGAUGUUCCCUCCUGCACUCGUGACGGGUAACACCUGCAUCAUCAAGCCCUCAGAACAGGACCCCGGCGCGACCGUCAUGAUGAUGGAGCUCUUGGCUGAGGCUGGAGUGCCCCCUGGUGUCGUCAAUGUCAUCCACGGAACCCACGACGCAGUGAACUUCAUUUGCGACGAGCCCGACAUCAAAGCCGUGUCCUUCGUAGGAGGCGAUGCGGCCGGCAAACAUAUCUAUAACCGCGCUUCUGCUGCAGGCAAGCGAGUCCAAAGCAACAUGGGCGCCAAGAACCACGGCGUGAUCAUGCCUGAUGCCAACAAGGAGCAUACUCUGAACCAGCUCGCCGGUGCCGCCUUUGGGGCCGCGGGACAACGCUGCAUGGCCCUCAGCACUGCCGUAUUCGUAGGUGAAGCAAAGGAAUGGAUCCCGGACCUAGUGCAGCGUGCGCAAGCGCUGAAAGUGAACGCGGGUCACGUGCCCGGCACCGACGUCGGGCCCGUCAUCUCUGCCAACGCCAAGAACAGGAUCCUGCGCCUUGUGGAGUCAGGAGUCAAAGAAGGAGCGAAACUGGCUCUCGACGGCCGCGGCGUCAAAGUGUCUGGCUUCGAAAAAGGCAACUUCGUCGGCCCUACCAUCCUUACCGGAGUCACACCCUCCAUGGAAUGCUACAAGGAGGAAAUAUUCGGGCCCGUACUUGUCUGCCUCUUCGUCGACACCCUAGACGAGGCCAUACAAAUGAUCAACUCAAACCCCUACGGCAACGGAACAGCUAUCUUCACUACCAACGGAGCCACCGCCAGGAAAUUCUCCCACGAAAUCGACGUCGGCCAAGUCGGCGUAAAUGUUCCUAUCCCUGUCCCGUUAUCCAUGUUCUCUUUCUCCGGAUCAAGGGGCAGUUUCCUGGGAACGAACCACUUCUGCGGUAAACAAGGUCUUGAUUUCUACACUGAAUUGAAAACAGUCGUGUCUUUCUGGAGACAGAGCGACGUAUCUCACACCAAAGCAGCCGUGUCUAUGCCCACCCAACAGUAAUUUUGUUGAAAAAAUGUUAGCAUAAUAAUACUAUUUAUUGAAAUUGAUUUGAAGGAGGUAAUGGAACUGUCAUAGACAAUAAUAUUCAACAGAUAAUAAGUGUAUGUAAACAUCUCAGGAAUUGACAUUAUUUUUGUAUUCGUUUUUUACGUAAUUUAAGGAGAAAUGAUAUGAAGCAUUUAUUUUAUACCCUAAAGAUAUUUGUGCCUACUCGUAAAUGAAGUCUUCCAAUAUGUAUGUUUAUUGUUGUUUUUAAUAUUCACCUUGUUAAUUAUGCAUAAUAAAUAAUGUGUUUAUCAA